GAGGAAACAGAUUGGAUGAAGGUCUGCCAGGGAAGAGAUGACGAAUGGAGGAGGCAGCUCGGAGAUGGAAGGACGGGGGGUCCGCUUCCAUGGGAACAGACUAAAUGGCGCGGAAGCAGCCGGAAUGGGGGUCGUGCAGGUGGCUCGCGCCGCCGGUUUGAACCGGCUUCGCCUCUCCCAUGCGGGGUUCGCGUGGCCGCAGCGCCUAGCGACCUAGACAGCGGCCAAUGGCGCAGCAGUUCCUAGCCGUCCAGCCUAUGAGCGGGCCGGGGGCGGGCCGUUCCGGAUUCCCUGCGCUGAUCUUGUGGUUGAAGGAACCAGCUCUGGGGAAGGGUCUCGAGUGCGGGCGGGAGGGCUCCUGUCAGGGUCCCAGGGAGUGGCAGUCCUCAGGUGGCUGCAGAGCCGGAGCAGGGCCGCCGCGCCGCGCCAUGGCGCCCACCCUGGCCACUGCCCAUCGGCGCCGCUGGUGGAUGGCCUGCACAGCCGUGUUGGAAAACCUCCUCUUCUCGGCAGUCCUCCUGGGCUGGGGCUCGCUGCUCAUCAUGCUCAAGUCGGAGGGCUUCUACUCAUACCUGUGUACUGAGCCAGAGAAUGUCACCAACGGCACAGUGGGGGACACGGAAGAGCUGGAGCACGAGGAGGUCAGCUGGAUGAAUGGCUGGCUCAGCUGCAAGGCCCAGGAUGAGAUGCUAAAUUUAGCCUUCACCGUAGGCUCCUUCCUGCUCAGCGCCAUCACCCUACCUCUAGGCAUCGUCAUGGACAAGUAUGGCCCGAGGAAGCUCAGGCUGCUGGGCAGUGCCUGCUUUGCUGUCUCCUGCUUGCUGAUUGCAUAUGGAGCAAGUAACCCAAACUCUCUGUCUGUGCUCAUCUUCAUCGCCCUGUCUCUGAAUGGCUUUGGUGGGAUGUGCAUGACUUUCACCUCGUUAACACUACCCAACAUGUUUGGUGACCUUCGGUCCACGUUUAUUGCCUUGAUGAUUGGAUCCUAUGCCUCCUCAGCAGUCACCUUCCCAGGAAUCAAGGUCAUCUACGACUUUGGUGCCUCCUUCAUCAUCAUCCUCGUGGUCUGGGCCGGCUGCUCCGGAUUGGUUUUCCUCAACUGCUUCUUGAACUGGCCCCUGGAGCCUUUCCCAGGGCCGGAGGACAUGGACUACUCGGUGAAGAUCAAGUUCAGCUGGCUGGGCUUUGACCACAAGAUCACAGGGAAGCAGUUCUACAAGCAGGUGACCACGGUGGGGCGCCGCCUCAGCGUGGGCAGCUCCAUGAGGAGCAGCAAGGAGCAAGCGGCACUGCAGGAGGGCCAUAAGCUGUGCCUGUCCACCAUCGACCUGGAGGUGAAGUGCCAGCCAGACACCGCAGCGGCCCCCUCCUUCAUGCACAGCGUGUUCAGCCCCAUCCUGCUGCUCAGCCUGGUCACCAUGUGCAUCACACAGCUACGGCUCAUCUUCUACAUGGGCGCCAUGAACAAUAUCCUCAAGUUCCUGGUCAGCGGUGACCAGGAUGUAGUUGGCCUCUACACCUCCAUCUUCGGUGUGCUCCAGCUGCUUUGCCUGCUGACAGCCCCUGUCAUUGGCUACAUCAUGGACUGGAGGCUGAAGGAGUGUGAAGAUGCCUCUGAGGAACCUGAGGAGAAAGACGCCAACCAGGGCGAGAAGAAGAAGAAGCGAGACCGGCAGAUCCAGAAAGUCACCAAUGCCAUGCGGGCCUUCGCCUUCACAAAUGUGCUGCUUGUGGGCUUUGGGGUGACCUGUCUCAUUCCCAACCUGCCUCUGCAGAUCCUCUCCUUUAUCCUGCACACGAUUGUGCGAGGAUUCAUCCACUCUGCCGUCGGGGGCCUGUAUGCCGCCGUGUACCCCUCCACCCAGUUUGGCAGCCUCACAGGACUGCAGUCGCUGGUCAGUGCACUCUUCGCUCUCCUGCAGCAGCCCCUGUUUCUGGCCAUGAUGGGUCCCCUCCAAGGAGACCCUCUAUGGGUGAAUGUGGGGCUGCUUGCCCUGAGCAUGCUGGGGUUCUGCCUCCCCCUCUACCUCGUCUGCUACCGGCGCCAGCUGGAGAGGCAGCUACAGCAGAAGAGGGAGGAUGACAAGCUUUUCCUCAAGCUGAAUGGCUCCUCCAACCCAGAGGCUUUCGUGUAGCGCUCGCCGCCUCGGAACUGUGGCCUCCUGCCCUUGCUUCAGUGACUCACCGGUGUCCUUCUCCCCAUCCCAGAGGACCUCCGUGCACCCUCAGGAUCCUCUCCUUCACCAUUUUGGAGUCCACGCUCCCUCCCAGGGCCCUGGUCCUGCCUUGGAGCUCUGCAGCGGAAGGACGGACGGGAGAGGGCCCGGAUGUGCGAUGUUCCUACUGCUGGAAGCAAGGGCUGGCCUGGGCUUUGCUCUGCCACUGUCGAGGGGCCCCGGGGCCUUGAGGCACAAUGGUGCCUGCAGGAGGAGCAAGGAGGACCUCCAGCAGGCAGGCUCUCUCUCCCUUAAGUGUCUGGAUUCUGCCUCUUGCCAAAGCAGAGGGGUCUGCCACCUACUGCCUGCCACCUGCCCCUCAGCUGCAUGCCCACUGGCCACACCUGCCCAAGGACAAAGGCUUGCACUGUCUGCGCGCCCUCGCCUGGCCCCUCAACCUCCUCCCCUGGCCAGUCUGAGGCUGCCUGAGGAAGGAAGGACCCACUUCCUGUUGUUGGUGCUAACUCCUUUGUAAUUCCAGCCCCCUGUGGCCUGUCCGUGACCUGUCCUCCUGUUAUAGGCCUGUGGAGAAGCCCCCCCUGGCUUAAAGCCUGGGGAGGGGUCGGAGGGCUGGAUAGUC